AUGGAUGUAGAGCCGACUCCAGAGGAGCUAGCUGUAGUGAUCAUCCAGCAGGCCACUCGAGGCCUGCUGGCCAGGCGAGAGCGGGUCCGGAGACAGAAGGAAAAACAGGACUAUGAAGACCUUAUGGAUCGCUUGGAGAAAGAGGCUUUUGUGGCACUAGUACGAAGAGAACAGGAAGAGGACGAGAGGAAGAGGAAGAAGGACGAGGACGAGAGGAAGAGGAAGAAGGAAGAGCAACUUCUGCGAACCCGACUUCUGGAAGCAGCGUUUGAUGGAGAGGCAGAGGAAGUGUUAGCAAUUCUGAAGGAGGUCUCUGAUAGGGACACAAAGCGUGGUCUUGGGUUGGAUGAAGCAGGCAAACACCAGCGGCUGUUAAACCAACUUUGCAUGAUUAACAUCACAGACGCCAACGGCAACACAGCAGUGUCAGAAGCAGCAGGUGGGGGUCAGCCGGAAGUCAUCACCCUAUUGGUGGAGAGCGGUGCGGACAUAAACACACGGGGUGCGUUUGGACGGACGCCAAUCUACAGAGCUGCGUUUGGAGGCCAUCUUGGCGCAGUGCAGACCCUUCUACAGCUGGGGGCAGACCUGAGGACCCAUGCAGAUGAUGGUAGUACUCCAGAGCAGGUGGCUUCUGGAGAGGCUGUGAUUGCCGCUUUACAGAACUGGGAUCUGAGUGCCACUGACUCCAUGCUGACGAAGAUGAAGGCAGAGGAACAGAGGAGGGCGGAGGAAGACAAAAAGCAGAACGAGGCGGAGACUCAUCGUGCAAACAAAAAAUGGCCUGUGUUUUCCCUCAGCCUGAAAGGGGAGGUGGAGCAGCUCCAGAACGAGCAUGAGCGAUGCCAGAGAGAGCUGCAGAAGGCCUUCGUUGAGCUGAAUAAGAGGAUCACAGAACAUGACAAAUGUGUGAGGAAGGGUAUGGAGGAGCAGGCUAAAGUCACGUUGCAGGUGGUUCAUGAUGCUGAAGAUGUGUUGGCGAAAGCUCAAAUAGCAGCUCAUGAGGCUGCAGAGCAACUAUCCCUUGCCAAGCUGACACUGAGAGAGCAGUCUGAUGCUGUCCUGGACCGUGGUGGGGUUCGUUGCCUGGUUGGGGACCUUGAGGAAGUUCUUAUUAAAGACGUAGGCGGCAAGAUCAAGCAGGAUGGCAGGUGGCCCCUGCUUGUGGAUACCUCUGGUCAGGCUGCCACAUUUCUACGCUACAGAGACACUAACUACCUGGAUGCCUUGCACCCUGGAGACAUUCAGCCUGACAAACUGAGGCUCGCUCUACUGGGGGCCAUCAGGUUCGGAAAGCCCUUGGUUAUUAACAUGAUGGAGGUGGACUUGUUUGAGAGUGUACAGAAACAGCUAGACCAGGUGAACCCAGGGCUGAGUGAGCAGCUGAUGAACAAGGAGCUCCUGCAAGAAGAGAGGUACCUGAGCCUGGUGCGCUCCACAGAUGGUCCUCAGUAUGCCAGAACUGAGUUCAUGCUGGACCGCAUUGAGAAGUUCAGCCUGGUCAUGGUUACCAAACAGCGCCACCCACCUGAUGCACUGCUCACAGCAUUCUAUCCCAUCCAGGUCAUGCUGCGGGAACCCAAAAUAUGACGUUGCUGUUGCUCAAAAGUGUAAAAACUGUUGUUGUUUUUUUUUUACCACAAAACAUGUUUU